AUGGCUGUUGCGGCAGCAAUGCGCCAUUUUCCCCCGUGGCCUUCGAGUACAUCCAGCCACAACAGCCGAGCACAGGCUUCUCGGGAUGGCUUCUUUGCAGAGCCGGCUGUCGUUGCGAAUGGAAUCCGCGUGCUCCCUGAAAGCAGCUCGAUCGAAAUCGAGGAGCAGAAUGUUGCGCCUUUCUCUCUUCCGCAGGAAGUGCUCUCCUUCCAGCCAGACGAUCAAGCGGUGUUCGCACGAUUUGUGAAUGGCGAUUGUGAGAGGAAACUGCACUGCAACAUUGAGUUGACCCACGAGGAGUUGGAGGCCCUGCGCCUGCUACAGGAAGAGGCGCGCGCGCAACACGUGGCACUGCCGGUUUCCAUAUCUGCCUCUGCUACGCGGUAUCUCAGCCAUUCUCACGGGGACCCCAAGAAGGCCUUGAAAAUGAUGGAGACUACCGCGGAGUGGCGUACCUCCUACUUCACUCGGCCACUCUCCGAUGCAGACAUGGCCGAGGACCUCCAGCUAGGGUUGGCAUACUUCACGGGCCGGGACAAGGCUCUGCGUCCAGUGCUCGUGUUCCGGGCCGCGCGUAUUCCAGCUGCAUGGCAUAGAGAGAGGCGCUACGACCUUGUCAUUAGAGUUUUGGUCUUUUGCAUGGAGUAUUUCCUUCGGUACAUGGCCGUUCCUGGAAAAAUCGAGAGCAUCAAUGUGGUCAUAGAUCUGAAGGACUUGACCCUCUCGCAGAUUCCUAUCGGUGUGCUUCGGGAGGUGCACAGGAGCAUGGGAAUGUACUAUGUCGGUCGCAUUUUCCGAUUCUACAUUUGCAACAUGCCUCGAAUCCUAGGAACACUGGUCCCGCUGGCAAAGAAGGUGCUCACCGAGCGUCAGCGGCAGAAGCUGGUCUUUGUUUGCAGGCCGGAGGACAUCACGAGGGAUAUGGCAGACAGGCAGAUCGAGGAAGAUCUCGGUGGUUCCCGGCCGCCGCUGAAGGAUUUCUUUCCGUUUCCUCUUCUGCCUGGUCCCUUUGAGCCCAAUACGCCUCCUUCGCCGCGGUGUUUGAACGAGGCUGUCCCAGGAGUCCACAAAGUGCUCACAGCAGAGGGCUCCAAGGGUCGGCUGUGGAACUGGCGAAAGAAGCCCGAAGAGAACCAGAGGUUGGACUUCUCCGACUGCGCGGCUGACAUUUUUCGCAAGUGUGGCUUGCCUGUACCUGCAGAGAUCGCCCCGAAAGUGCCGACAUCGGCAAGAGGCCUUGAUGGCGCAGAAGCAGAUCACAACGUGCGCACGCCACGGGAGGUGCUAAUCACGAAUUCGAUGGAUGAGGAGCUCCCGCAUUCCGAGGCUGUGGUGGUCUCCGAUGAAAGCACCAAGGACAGCCUCAGCAAUGCCGACGAGGCAGCUUUGGACGAGCCCCGCGGAAUUCGCGACCGCCGCUCAAAGCUACAAGAGGUCGAGGUGGUGCAGCGCCGACGCUGCUGCCUGUUUUCGGGCUGUGGCGGUGGCUAG